AUGACUAACCCAAUAAUUACUAAAGUAGCACCAGUAGUAGAAUCAAUAAUAUUAAUUGUAAAUUCAAAGUCAUCCUUGCUGAAAUUAUAGUACUCUUCGUUUGAAAUCUGAUCCAUGUAAAUGCUGUUUUUGGAUUUGCUGGAAGCUCUUCUAGUAAACAUUUGGAUGGAUAUUUGAACUCCAUAAGCAAACAAGAACAGCAACAGAAUUGAGGAGACAACUCCUCCAUAAACACUUGUGAAUUUGUCUUCUCCUUUAUAAAAUCUGUGGACGAAUUAAAGCAAACUUUAUGGUAAAAUUUCAGUGAAAGUGAACAGCCUCCCAAUUUGAUCACCAAAUUUCGGAUAAUGCUUUGAAUUUUUAUCUAUUAUGAAGAAGGAAGAAUUUUAAGAAAAUUAUGAAAGAAAUUCUUAUGAAU